GACAUGUUGUGACUUCGAGCUGGUUUGGCUGCAGCGGGAACGUAUCUCGUUUCGCGAUUAGAAGACUUGACACCAAUUCCCACGUCAGGCUACGAUACAAAUGUCGCUAAAGCCUCAUUUUUUGUUCCGUUGAAAAAGCUGUCAACAGCCCUUUCGUCCACGUUGUCAAGAAUUUGGUGAGGGGGUUGCUCCGUCUGUUGCAUUUGAAAUCUCCCAUCAGCCCAUUGUCCUUUUGCCAUCAACAAACGUCUUGAAAGGGUCAAGUCAUUUUUCGCCUGCAGAAAGAAUCGGGAGAGAUCGAUUUGAUUGAAAGGAAUUGAAGCACUAUGGCAGCCCAGGAAGGUGCACCCGUCGUCGAUGACGCACCCGUUGAGAACUCAGUUGCAGCGAGUCCAUCCAAGGAAGGUUGCGAUAGCCAUACCGUAGAGACUUCUAGAGACGAAGCCAACAGUAGCAGCGACAACAACCAGGAGGACACCCGUACUGUCAGUACUCAAGGCACCACCAAAGAUGGAGACAAUGUGAAUCACAACGAGAAAGACAUUUCGACAGAAGAAGUUGCCAAGGAAGAACGGCCGGUGCCGGUACUGAAUGUUUCCAGCAUUGACCAGGCACAGUCCGUUGAAGACAGUGAGAUUUCGGUGGGCAGCAAAGGCAAUUCGUACCAAGAAGGAGAAUAUCCCGAGGAAAACCUGCCCAUGAAGGAACAACACGUGGAGGAACGCGAGGUGCAACACAGCAACAAACCGGACGAUCAAGAGGAGACAACAGAUCCACCAACAACAACCUCGAAUGAAAAAGACGUGGAAGAGGCCAUCAUGGAAGCCGAAAACCACGAGAGUGCCAUGACAACAACAAACGAGGCUGAUGGGGAGGAACCAAUAACCGAACCAGUCGUAAGAACUGACUCGGAGCAGCCAACAACAGUCGACGCCUCAAAUCAGGUCGAUGCAGUUGAAGUAGCCGAUACAAUGUCAACAGCAGAGGAUGGAACUACUGGUGCUGGUGAUGUGGUAACUGGUGAGGAGGAGGCCACAGACCAACUCUCCGAGGGCUCCGAAAAGGAAGCACCAUUGAACAAUCCCGCAAUCUCCGUUAGUGAACAAAUGGACCUGGCAUCUCCUCCUACUGAGGACGAGACACCAAAGCUGGAAAAUGACCAUGCGGCUACAUUGGUGGAAGACGAGCCUGACUCUGCGCCUUCCAACGAUCUGGCAGAGGAGGUUCAAGAUGGAGAAACGCCUGACGAAUUCGGAACGGAUGUUGUUGCCGCUACAAGUAUGGAUGUUCCGAACCAUGAACAUGACAAUCCAAAGCCUGCUACUGUUGAAGAGAUUGUUCCCACGACGUCGGAAACCGAGCAGGUUGCUGCUCAUGUCGUGGAGACUGACGUUACAAUAGGCCACAGUUUGCCCACUGCCGGCCCUGCUGCAGCUCGAGUGGGCACUGAUGACGAUGAUGCUGAAGAUGGUGUGGCAGAACCUGGUACUGGUGGAGCUUCAGUCAAUGUGACUGUGGUCAGUGACGACGACAGUGUCGAGGUCGAAGGGAAUUUCGAUGAUGAAGACGUGCAAAAUACCGAAUCUUCACCGUGGCAGGAAGACAAAGAAAACGAAGAAAACGAAAUGAGCUCCACAACCUCCAAGAACGAAAAGAAAUAUCAACAAGAUCCACCCGAGACUGGCAAAAACAACGACAACGAAGAGUCUGCUGGAGAGCCGAAAGAAAUUCCCUCAGAAGAAGAGCCGAAGGUCGAAACCAAACCUCCAACAACCGAAACUCCUCCUACCAUCAUCAAAAAUGAUGACUUGCAACUACAAACCAGCAACAGUGACACCAACAUGGAAAAAAUCACAACCGAAGCUUCUGCUGAUGAUUCGCCACCUGUCAAAAAGAUGGACGUGAAACAACGUGAAGAGUCCCUCAAAGCUACUUUGACCAAACCAACGAGCAAAGCCGGGCCAGUAAAGAAGAUGGACGUCAAACAGCGAGAAGAGUCACUGAAAGCUACAGUCACCAAGACAACAAGCCAAGCUGCUGCUGUCAACAAGAUCGAUAUCAAACAGAGAGAAGAGUCUCUCAAAGCUAGUUUGAUCAAGCAAAGCAGUCAGCCGGCGACUACAGCUGGCAAGAUGGAUAUCCAACAACGAGAAGCGUCACUCAAAGCAACCGCGGCGCAAAAACCAACACCAAUACCUCCACCGCCGCCAAAGAAACUGAAUCAUACGGCCCAAUCUAAUCGACGUAGCAGCGAGGGUUCCUUUGGGAAUCGAUACAAGAACGGGUUGGUUCCGGGUCUCUCGCUAGAAACAGAGACGCAUAGCUUUCAAAGUGUCAAGAACCAGAUUGCUGCCUACAACGACAAAUGCCAGUUGAAAGCUGUUGUUCCCGGAAAGGAGGCAAAGGAACUGUCCGAGCUAAAGGCUCGAAAACGAAGAGCUUCCACGGGGGAGCUUGUCCGCCCCAAACAGGUCACAACCAGUGCAAAAAGUAUCCCAGCAUCGGUGGUAUCACCUCCUCGAAGCACCAGUAACAAGAGUCUACUCAUGACGUACAAUAAAGAUUUGUAUUACGCGAACGAAAUGAACAAACUCCUCAACGUUGACCCUGCGGAUCUAUCCAAGUCGCAAAAACUCGCAUUUGACGACAUUUUGAAGAUUGUAAAAGACUGCCCAAGCGUUUGCAGGGCAAAGUACGACCUUACAUUUUGCUCCGAAAAAAGGAAUCUCUAUCCUCUCUUCUCGUUGGUCGCGAAUGCUGCUCCUCUAGAGCUCAUAGAGACCGUCUUUAUGGAGAAUCCUUUCAGGUUCAUCGAUGUGUGUGACGAUCGAGGACAAACCAUUAUGCAUUAUGCAUGUGCGUUCCACCCGCUGCCAAAUGAAACGCUCGACUUCCUCAUUCAUCGGUGCCCCCAAAGUUUGGCUGCAUGGGAUGAAAAGAAGCGUUCCCCUUUGCACGUCGCUUGCCUUAACAUGAGCUCCGCGACAGAGACAUGUAUUCAUGUUCUGGAGCAGUCCCCUGCGCACGUGGUUGUGACACCCGAUAGCGAAGGCAAGCUCCCUCUGGACUUGGCAACGAUGAACAAGAAGUGCUCGUCAAAAUUGAAACAAAGAUUGAUUGCUCGGGCCGAGGGGGCCGUUCCAGAGCCGGAGAAGAAGGAGAAGCCUACACCUGAACUUGUGAUUGGAAAAUACAGUGCUUCGGCACCAGCCGGAGCGGCAAAGACAACGACGACGACAACAACACCAGGUUCACUACCAAAGGAUACGCGACCGCCCGAGCCAGAACUACCCAAACCUUCCUUUUGGGAUCUUCUCUGCUGCAGGCCUGUUUCCUGGUGAUGGAUUUUUAAAGUGGGUAGUUCCUGCAACGUGUUCAGUGUAUACAAAUCCAAGUGUCGCUCACGGAUGGUAAUGUUCAUUUAUGAUAUUGAUUGCCAGUCUGCUGGUCGCCGUGAUUGACGCAUCCUAGAUUACAUAACUACUGCUACUGUUAGAGUUUCGGAUGCAUAAAUGCUGUUUACUUGUUCCCACCUAGUAGCUAUAGCUACUACUCCAGAUGCGAGACCGAUCCUACGGUACUAGUAGACUUUGGCCCAAACUGUACAGUCGUACCGUAAACGAUCCGAAAGUGUGCCUUCGCGGAGGGCAAAGGUGAGAGACCAGGUACCGGUACAGUACCAUGGUUCUAGUACCGUAUGUGUCCUGGAGUACGUACCCGGUACCAGGUACCGGUACGGUACGUCCCGAUGCCGGACCAAGCUACAGGGCAUUUUACCGUACGGUACGGAAUUGAUCAAGCCCGAUUCUCCCUUGGCAACUCUGCAACCGAUAAAGUUAUGCCGGUAUCCAUUGUGUCAAAACUUCUUUGUGUAAUCAAUAAUACUGUAAUGAAACUGAGUCGAGUCCUUUAGUACGUUACAAAGAUGAUCCCCAC